GGUAAACAGGAGGGAGUUCCGGUGAAUAUCGAAUUAUGCUAGCUCUCCUGCUCUUCGAUCAAUUUUGUUGAAAAUUUUAGCAAAUGGACGUGUAGGAUGGAUUUGGACUUCGGGAACAAACUGCCCCAGGCUCUGUCAUCUAGCGCUAAACUGCACCAGUCUCUCUCCCCUAGCGCGACAUUUCUACCCACGGGCCCGUUUCAGCGCUUUGGGCGUCCAGUGGGAGUGAAAGUCAAAGAGGAAGACGAGAGUGUGGAAGAUUUUUUUCAUUUCGCUCAGCAUCUUCAGCAGCAGACAGGAGAGUGUCUAACGGCUUGUUGUGGUGCCGUGAAUCCUAAAGGUUUGUCUCUCACAGACGCACCCAAACUUGACAGCAGACCACCAGCGGUCAGACCGUACCACUGCCAGGACUGCGGCAAAUACUUCAGAAUUAACGACAUCAAGAGACAUCAGAGAAUCCACAGUGGAGAGAGACCGUUCCCUUGUUUUCAGUGCAGGAAGAAUUUCCCCACAUUGGGCGACCUGAAAAGGCACGAGCGGAUCCACUCGGGAGAGCGCCCUUACAACUGUCUGCAGUGCGGCAAGAAUUUCUCAGAUUCAGGGCAUCUGAAGCAGCACGAAAAAAUGCACACAGGCGAGAGGCCGUACCAGUGCCCUCAGUGCGUCAAGUGCUUUUACAGGUCAGGUGACCUCAAGCGGCACUUGAGGAUCCACAGUGGUGAGCGGCCAUACAAAUGCCUCCAGUGCGGCAAGUCCUUCUCCGAUUCGGGACACUUGAGGGGCCACCAGCGCAUUCACACAGGCGAGAGACCGCACCGCUGCACCUUGUGCGAGAAAAGCUUCUUUCGAUCUGGCGAUCUCAAGAGACAUCACAGGACGCACACAGGCGAGAGACCCUACCAGUGCUUCCAGUGUGGGAAGAGCUUCUCAGAGUCGGGACACCUGAAGGAGCACCGUCGGAUCCACACCGGAGAGAAACCGUACCACUGCAAUCAGUGUGACAAGAGCUUCUCCAGACUGGAGCGUCUGAAGGGUCACCAGAGCAUCCACACGGGCGAGAGGCCCUUCCAAUGUGUGCAGUGCGGCAAGAACUUCUUCCGCUCCGGAGAACUGAAGAGGCAUCAGAGGAUCCAUAAUGGCGAUAGAGCAUAAACGCUCACGGUUUUGGUCAUAUGAUCGACGUUAAUGUCACUCUUCUGAUUUCACUGGAUUUCGCCCACUGGAUCUUCAUUGUAAAGGGCUUCAGAUGUGCCUUCAUAUUCGUUGGUGAAGACUGUUCGCCGUUUCUGAAUGAUGAAGGUUCAUGUGGACUUUUUUUUUUUUUUUUUU